ACUCUCAGCUCAGCCUUCUCCAAGGGUGAGGAUGCAGUGGGCGCAUUCUUGAAGAGCAUUGAUGAGGCAAGCAGGUUUUUGCCGAGAGACAAUGGCAUUAGAAAGGACCAGCCGGUGAACCAAGAAUGUGGCAAUCAUAGGGUAAUCAAGAAGAGGUAUAACAGCGACCAGCAGCUUGAGAGGGAGGUAUGCAGGGCCAGCGAAGCUAUGAUGAUGAUGGAAGAGCUUGGAGAGAUGUUCGAUAAAAUGAUGCUGCGCGGGUAUGAAACAUGCAUCAAGGACAUGGAGAAGCUGCGCAGCGCCAAGGCUGAUGAGGCAAUGAACAAUAAGAAGGGUGGUAGCAAGAUGAGGACUGAUGUGGUGGAUCUAUGUGCAUUGUUGAUACGUUGUGCGCAGGCGGUGGCUGCAGGCAGUGUCAUGACCGCACAGGAGCUACUGAAGCAGAUAAAGCAGAAUGCGUCAUCAACAGGGGAUGACACACAACGACUAGCUCAAUGUUUCUCCAAGGGGCUGGAGGCACGUCUAGCAGGCACAGGGAGCCAACUUUGGCAAUCGCUGACGGCAGAGGGGCCCUUGGUCAUAGAGUACCUAAAGGCCUACAAGCUUUACAUGGCAGCCUGCUGCUUCAACAGGGUGGCCCUCUUUUUCAACAUUAUGACCAUUGAGCAUGCCAUGGCAGGGAAGAGCAAGCUCCACAUUGUAGACUACGGUCCCCACCAUGGGUUCCAGUGGGCAGGCUUGCUCCGCUGGAUGGCAAAUAGGGAAGGUGGCCCACCAGAGGUGAAGAUAACUGCUAUAAGCCGCCUCCAGCCGAGGUCCUGUCCAUCAGAGGGGAUUGAGGAUACAGGGCACCGGCUUAGCAAGUGUGCACGUGAGUUUGGUGUGCCAUUCAAGUUCCAUUCCAUCACCGCAAGGUGGGAGACAAUUUGCAACGACAACUUGAAAACGGAUCCUGACGAGGUUUUUAUCGUGAUUGACCUCUUUAAUUUCAGUAUCUUGAUGGAUGAGAGUAUCUACUUUGAUAACCCGAGCCCCCGGGAUACUGUCCUCAAUAACAUCAGGAAGAUGCGACCUGAUGUCUUCAUCCAGGGUGUUGUCAAUAGCUCAUAUGGCACCUCCUUCCUAGCACGUUUUCGGGAGGCUCUGUUCCAUUAUAGUGCGCUUUUUGACAUGUUCGAUGCAACUAUCCCAAGGGAGUGUAAACUGCGGUCAGUGCUCGAACAGGGCAUGUUAGGGCACACUGUGCUGAAUGUCAUUGCCUGUGAGGGUGUGGACCUGGUGAACCGUCCUGAGAGGUAUAGACAAUGGCAGGUGAGGAACCAGCGGGCAGGCCUGAGGCAGCUGCCACUGAAACCAAACAUAGUUAAGGUACUGAAAGAGAAGGUGAUGAAGGACCAUCAUAAGGACUUUUUUGUUGGCGAGGAUGGCCAGUGGUUGCUGCAAGGGUGGAAGGGGCGUAUCCUUUAUGCCCAUUCUACAUGGGUUGCUGAAGACGCCAUUUCUGAAUGAAUACUGAGUGAUACCUUUUUCAGCUCCCUAAUACUUGUCCAGUUGUAAUGUUUGUCUGACAGUUUACUCAUUCAGAGCCACUGCAGACAUAUCAUAGAUAUUCUGGUAUGGUGGUACUC